UUAAAUUCCCCCGAUAUUGUAUACACUGUAAAUGAGGAUGUUUCUAACUUGUAUUCUUUUAGAUUUGAUCAACUUUUGAAAUGUCUGGACGAGGGAAGAAGCUUGCAAAGCCGAAAUCCGAAACCAGGAGCCGUUCAUCUAAAGCGGGUCUCCAGUUCCCUGUGGGCCGUAUUCACAGGCUGCUGCGAAAGGGUAACUAUGCACAGAGGAUUGGCUCUGGUGCGCCGGUUUACUUGGCAGCAGUGUUGGAGUAUCUGACUGCGGAGGUGCUGGAGCUGGCAGGCAAUGCUGUCCGACAGAAUGGGAAGCAUAGAGUUAUGCCCAGACACAUCCAGCUGGCAGUAAGGAACGAUGAAGAGCUCAACAGACUGCUGGGAGGGGUGACCAUCUCUGAAGGGGGAGUCCUACCCAACAUUCAGGCUCAACUUCUCCCAAAGAAGACUAAAAAGCCCUCUCCCGACGACGGCAGCAAAGACACUCAGUCUCAAGAGUUUUAGAAAUAGGACUCCAAACUGGGUGGGGGGGGGGAGAUAGUAUUGUGGGUAUUUUGUUGUACUUUUAAUAUCGAUAAAUAAAGAGAUUUCUUUUAUAUCCAGAAGGUAUGCGUUUUCAUCUGUUUUGAAACGAUUUGGGUUGUG